UGAGCGGUUGUGGUUACUUAGCUGUGUUUUCGCGUUGGGGUCUGGGCUCCUGAUGGCUCGCCCCGGCCUGCAGCAGCUUUCCCUGACCAAAGGCGGGAUGGGGGUGCCGCCGCCAGGCCGGGCUGUCUUAUGUCCCCGGCCUUCCGGACGCCGCCCUCCUCCUGUCUUAACCCUACACUCGACUGUCUUUGCCCGCGCCCAGGAAUCACGGAUGUCUCAAAAAUCGGCACCAACCCGAAAGUCUCGAUGUGCCCCCUGGGUGGAACAAACCUUUGAGAAGAAUCGGGCCCUGCUGGCAGUGCUGGCUGAGAGGAAUGAGGCAGUGGCGCCUGUUGGGGCUUGGGUGGAGUGUGCCCCACAGUGUAGUGAGGAAGCCCCAGCAUCUGUUUCAGCAUCUCAGUUAGAAGAAGAAUUAAAGGAACAACAACGAUUAAAAGAAGAAGCUCUGAAACGCUUUCAGGAACAGGUGAAAAACAGAGUAAAUCAGCAAAUGAGGCUAAGAAAAAAACAGCAGCUUCAGAAAUCCUAUGAAGCAGCAGAAAAAGAAAGCACUGUAGCCAUGAAGUCUUCUGAUUCAGCCCCACACUUGACCCCUAAAAGUAGCAAAAACAUUUAUCAGAGCAGUUGGAAAAGUGCUAUCCGAAGUACUGGUCCCAGUUUGCUACCUACUCAGACUCUUGGUGAUACUGAAGAGGAAGAAAAAGAUGAAAAUGGAACAUUCCAACAGCAGGCCCUGGCUCUUAGCCAAACUGUGAAGCAAGCUCGUCAACAACUGGCUUCCCGAAAAACUGCAGAUGGGGAGAAACCAUUAGGACUUUCAGAAGAUAGCACAGAGAGCAACCCUCCCCAAGAGAAAAUAUAUUUUGGGCAGCUGUUAUCUGUUAGUGCAGAUGAGAAGGGUAUAGGAAAGCCCCCUCCUAACCAUCUUCCAGGAAAGAUACAGGACCAGGAGACUAAAGAGAAGACAUCAUCUGGUAUGAAAACUGAUAUCACCAGGGAGCCUGCAGAACGGACCGAAGAGAAGGGGGAGCCACAGAGAGUUCAUGAUGGUCCUCAGUCAGGAUUAAGAAGUGAAAUACAACAUUUACCAUCAUUUGAAUAUGGAAUAGACCAAGAAGAAGACAAGAAAGAGCGUCAAAAGCAGUACUUAAGAUACAGACGACUUUUCAUGGAUAUCGAGAGGGAACAAGUAAAGGAACUAGAGAAACAAAGAGAACUUAGGAAGAAAAUUGAAAGAAUUAAGAAAUGGAAAGAGCAGCAGCGUUGCAUUGAAGAGCAGAGGAUCCUGAGAAUGACCUAUCAGGAAGACCUGUGUUCUGGGGAGAAGACACGUGAGAUAUUAGCUGAUUUACAAUUGAAAGAUACAACAGGAGCAGCUACUAAAAAGCAGCAGAGGAGCAGAGAAUGUGUCAGAUAUAUAGAAGCUUUAAGAGCCCAGAUACAGGAGAAGAUGAAGUUGCAUAAUAUUGAUUUACCUCCAUUGUGCUGCUGUGGUUCUGAUUUCUGGGAUGCUCAUCCUGAUACCUGUGCCAAUAAUUGCAUCUUCUAUAAAAACCAUCAGGGUGUGUUUUUAGGAAAAUCAUACACUCAAGCACUACAUUCUGUCAUCUCAUCUUGUGAAAUUUCUGAAAGUAACUCAUCGAUGCGACACGCCAUCCACAGUUUUGCAUCUGUGCGCAGACGGAAUUGGAAGUUUCUGUAGCAGUAAGAAUCUGGCAUCAGUCUAUACUUCAAAUCAGCUCUACAGAGGGCAUUUGGAUUCAGCUGAUCAAGUGUGUGAUUCUAGGGAGUGGGAUUACCACAGGUAUCUACCUACUCUCUUGGAAGUUAAUCCUUGACUGAUGGUCUAAACUGUGCCUUAUGACAAGAAUACAGUUUGAGUCUAAGCCUAGUUUCUCAUAUGUGUAAAUCACACAAGUGCUGUUGUUUUAAAAGGUCAGCAGUCAGGCUGAGACAGUACUUGGAUGCUCUGCUGCUGAUCAAGAAGAGGUUUUGUGAAGACUUCUCUCUCAGAGAUUCUCAUCAUCAUCUGUUCAGAACUGGCAUUAUUUCAUUCUUUUGACCAAAGAUAAAAGUAUCUGGAUGGGGCAGGUGUUCAAAUGAAUUUCCAAGUAUCAGCAGUCAUCCUUAUUGUUUUCUUUUCUAGUUAUACGUAAGAAUCUGAGAUGGGAGACUUUGGAUUUUGAAACACAUUAUCAUCUCAAAUAUUUGUAUUUUCUACAUUACAAAAAAAAAAAAAAAAAACCUAAAAUGUUGCUUCUCCAAUUCCAUGACUAUUAACCUUGGAGGCAGAGUUUUUAUUUGCAUUUUUCUCUUUAGAAGCCUUAAGAAAAAGUAAAUAGUUCCUCUGUCUAUUGAGAAUCCUUGUGUGAAAGAAAUAAUAUUUGGAAAAACAAAACUAAACUUGAAAUAAAUCAAGUCUUUUGUAAUGUCCCAUUUUGAAUCAGUGAAUGAAAUACCAGUUUCCCUCCUGAGCAGAUAAAAUAAAAAUCCCCCUCCAUAAUACGAGCUUGAUUUGUCAUGGCAGCUUCCUGACCUGUUUUCAUCUGGUAAGUAAGUUAAUCAGGCAGGUGCUAGUCAGCACCUAAUGAUGAGACAUUUAAACUGGAUCUGAUAGAUGCCAAAAUAGUGGGUGGCAGAAAAACAUAUGUCAAGCUAUUCUUUGACUUGACCGUUUUUAAACUAAAUUAAUAGAUCAUUUCUGUCAAAAUGCUUGAAACCUAUAUGCCCAUAGCCCCAACCGUAAAGAAUUCUUCUCUUGACCUUUAUUUCAGUUUGACUCAGCAAAUGUUUAUUAAGCACCUCAUCUGUACAAAGCACUGAUUUUGAGAUGCUCUGCAGUAUCCUUUCUUCUUAACUCAAAUAUGUGGACUGUAUGGUCUGCAAAAUCUGUUGCUGCUCUAAAAGUCUGUACUUGUGUGGUCUUUUGAUUUGCCUGUGGUCACUUGCUGAGUUGGUAGUGGGACCAGGGUAGGGUUAAUCUUUACCAAGGCCUAGUGAAUUCUGUUUUCCCAACUAGGGCUUCUUGCCAUUCUAGCAAAUUCAUCCUUGAUUGAAGUGUCAGCACUUUGGUUGUGGUUUACUAUCGUCAGUUUUAUUUUUAUUGUAUUGUAGAAUUAUUAAGAACCUAACUGCCCUCCAGGAAGAAACCUAGGUCUCAUGUUCCCUAACUAUAAUGUAGCAAAACUUGUUCAGAUUAAAUUGGGAGUCUAAAAUACAAGCUUAAGGAAAUGAGAACUUUGAAGAUCAAUUCUGCCAGGUUCCCCAGAUUAACACAGAUUAUAAUUUCCUGGACUUUAUCAUAAGAAAAGUUCAGAAAAUUGCAUUGGUGAAUUUCAGAGAAAUUUUUUUCUUCUUUUGGGAAAAAAUUAAUUUUGGGUCUCGUGUGAAAAUUGGAAGGUAUGCUGUCAUUUCAAUUGGAAAUCUGAAUAAGAAUGAAUUUGAUUUUUCUACUAAAAUUCCAAAAUUCUUUACAUUGCCUUUGAUGUAUUUGGUCACCAGCAACUUUGAAAGAGUGUUUAUAUGCCUACUUAUUAAGUUCAGUGCACUUAACUCUGAAAGUCUCUAGAGAUGAUUUUGUUGGGUUUUCCAUUGGAUUCUUUUUAAACAGAGACAGCAUGAUGUCCUAGAAUAAGUACUCACCCUUGGAAGUAAGAAAAUCACAGUUCAAAUUUUCUAGCUCUGCUACUAACUGACCGAGUGACCUUGGCUUAAGCUUUCUGAACCUGUUCCUUAUCUGUAAAAUGAGGGAGCUGGACUAGAUGACCUCUAGCAUUGUUUACGUGGACAGAAAGAAGGCUUCCACAUUCAGUUCCUGGCUGCUUCUCUGAUUCUUUCUAAGAAAAAGGUCCUGCUUUUCAGUUUUUCUGAUGUUAGAUGGAUAAUUUAUUUUAUGUACCAUACCCUCCUGGGCAAUAAUUCU